AUGAGCUGCCUGGUGGAGGGCAUCCGGGUGUUCUUCGUCAACCCACACAACGGCUUCUUCGCCACAAGCAGCGUCUACGGCAGGUACGAUGAUGAGGUGCGUUUUGACUUCUUCUGCCGCGCCGCCCUGGAGUUCCUGCUGCAGACCCAGCGGCAGCCCGAUAUCCUGCACUGCCACGACUGGCAGACGGCGCACGUGGCCAAGGCCUACUGGGAUGACUACCACCCCUUCGGCCUCUGGAAGCCCAAGGUUGUGUUCACCAUCCACAACAUGAACUAUGGCCAGAAGAAGAUUGGUGAGGCGGCCUACUACAGCCAGAAAUUCACAACUGUGUCCCCCUCCUACGCUUACGAGGUCGGGGGCCACCCUGCCAUCGCGGCCCACAGCCACAAGUUCAUGGGCAUCCUCAACGGCAUAGACCCUGAGAUCUGGGACCCCAUGGAGGACCCCUGGCUGCCUCAGCCCUAUGACGCGUCGACCUGUGAGGCCGGCAAGGCCGCGGCGCGCGCAGAGCUGCGCCGCCGCCUCAACCUGUCCAGCUGGGACGACCGCCUGAUCGUGGCGGUGGUGUCGCGUCUCACGGGGCAGAAGGGCGUGCACCUCAUAAAGCACGCGGCGUGGCGCACGCGCGACCGCGGCGGCCAAUUUGUGCUGCUGGGCAGCGCGCCCGACCCCAAGGUCCAGGGCGAGUUCAACGCCCUGGCGGGCAGCCUGGCGGGCGGCUACGACAACAACGCGGCGUUCUGCUUCUACUUUGACGAGCCCCUGAGCCACCUGAUCUAUGCCGCGGCGGACAUCGUGGUGGUGCCCUCCAUCUUUGAGCCCUGCGGCCUGAGCCAGAUGAUUGCCAUGAGAUACGGCGCAGUCCCCGUGGUCCGCCACACCGGGGGCCUGCGUGACACUGUGUUUGACGUCGACACGGACAAGGCGCGUGCGGCCUGGGAGGUGGCGGGCUCCUCUGAUGUGGAGGCUGACGGGCCCAACUGCACCAACGGCUUUGCCUUCGAGGGCGCAGACGCUGGCGGUCUGGACUACGCGCUGAACCGCGCCGUGGACGCGUUCUACAACGACAGAGCCUGGUUCAGGGGCCUGCAGUCGCGUGUCAUGAGGAUGGACUUUUCCUGGAACAGGCCCGCUCUGCAGUUCACCGACCUGUACUACGCCGCCAUCAAGUCCUAG